AUGGAUAACCUGCCACUUCCGCAUACGGAGCAGCACGACUAUCAAGAGCAGCAAGCCCCUCAGAUUGGCAAGUUUCUAGCGGCCAUAAAUGGGUACCUUCCACAGAAGCUGACAUUCACACUCCACUUGAGCCAGGCCGCCGAAGAGAAGCUCUUCACCGUAGUAUCCUACACUUCUGUGUUCGGAAAACAAGUCCCUGUUGUUGUGUACGAUGGGUCAUCAAUGAAAACCUGA